AUGGUAAAAAGCCACAGCCGGUGCGCCAAGUCCUCGAAGAAGUCAGGCAAGGCCCCCCAACCCAAACCCAAAUCCUCGUCCCUGAGACUCUUCGGGACACUCCACUUUCCCCACAAAAUGCCCAGCUUUUCACCAGCUGGCACCUUCUGGGCCUUAUCGGAGAAUUUGGGUACCAACACCCGUAACAACCCCUCCCCUGGUCCCAAAAGGCCCGCCCAACCAUACGCCCUCAGCCAGCUGAAGGGUUUUUGGGUGGGCUCCACGAGGGCCCCCCACUCCCCCGGGAUCACUUUGAAAAGUCGACCCAGAUUUUUUGACUCUGUCCCGGGGGGAAGGUGCAGUCGCUCAGCCGAACUACCUCUGCCCCAGCCAACCCCUGGAAGCAAGGGCACAUCUUCACCGUGCACCCCACCAGUUCCUCCAAGGUCACACAGCCUUAAUCCGAGUCAGGGGUCAAGGCCCAGCAACGUGCCGUCCAGAUGGGGCCCCAUACCCGGCAGCCGCUGCCCCCGUGCUGCCCCCGCCAAUACAAGCCCCCACUGGCCCCCUUUAGCUGCACACAAUGCCCCCGGAAAACCACAAAAAUCUUUUGUGGUGGUCUGGAAGUCGCAUAGGGGCCCAAAAAUCAGGCCCCACUGGGGCUUUUCAGCCCGUGUCCACUGUCAGGCGGGUGGUUCCCAUUUUGGGUGUUUG